CACGGGAAGACUGGGACACCCACGCAGCGCUCAUGCGCACUGCCCUCCUUCGCAUCUCGUUGGCUGGGCGGCCUGGUCCAUGGCCGCUCCCACCGUCGAGGAGGUGAGCGCAGGUUCUCGAGCUCAGUCGAGGUCCAGUCGUCUCUCACGUCCCUCUGGGCUCUUGGAGUCUUCGAGUCGAGCGUGAAGGAAUCAUGCAGAGUAAUCCUGACAUAGCAGGCCUUGACAAGAAUGCAUGUAGCACUGUGGAGCAUCACCUAUCCACCUUGAGAGUUGGAGUCCUUGAAGCACGACUCGUUGUGCCUCUUCGGGAGGAGAAAGCCCUGGAGUUUGCCACGGAUGCCCUGACUCAGAGAAUUCAAGACCUGAAGAAUUCCAUCGGCCAACUGCUGGCCAAGCUGGAGCACGAGCACGAGACCAUCAACUGGCCUUCCCUGCUGGACAGCUUCGCCCUCACCUCGGGACAGGCACGUCUCCGAGAGGGCGUCUCCCUCGCCCCCGGCCCCCGACGAGGUCGUCAUCCGAGGGUGAUCAAGAACGAGAAGACCCCUCCGCUGCGGAACUACGUCGUCCUGCCCCUGCUGCUCAGUCCGGACAGGGACGAGGACCUGCUGAAGCUGACCGAGGGCCGCAUCCCCAUCUUCAGCCACGAGGUCGUCCCGGAUUACCUCCGCACGAAGCCCGAUCCGGACGUGGAGAAGACCCACCUUCAGGUCGAACAGAAGGCUUCUCAGACCAACCCUGAAACUGCCCAAAAACACAUCUUGCAACUGAACAAGAUUUGCAACAAUCUGCUGGAUUCCAUAAGUUCCCAAUGGGACGGCAGCGAGACGAGCCGGGGCGGAGCGGGAGGCGGCGGGAUGCUGAGCCAGUCCUUCAACCCUGCCGACAGCCAACUGCUGAUCGGUGCGGUGUCGUUCGGAAGGGGCAUCAAACCGACCCCCGCCCGCCCCCCUGGACCGCCUCAACCGCAACAAGGCCCUCCUGUUCCUCAGCAACCUGGAACUCCAAUGGUGUCCGUGAUGGGAGGGAAGGCCCAGAGCGCCGCAAAGGCCAACAUCAAGGUCGCAGCCGGCGUCCAUCCCUACCAGCGAUGAACGACACCCGUGGCGACCCCGGGUGUCGCCGGCCGAAGAUCUCGUUUUUUGGAUUCCCGAGUCUGCUGUCUCGUUCGUGAAUAUAUGUCCUUAAAUUUCUAAUAUCAAAUAAUGCAAAUCACUUGGGAAAGCAAUGGAGAUGUGAACUGUCGAAAAUCCCAAUUUAUCUCCUAGUGGGAUGUUGGUAGAUCGGGAAAUUCAAAACGAAAAAAAAAAAACAUGCCGUCUUCUUUAUUAUAGUGCAUGUAGAAACAAUUAGUUCCUGCAGCUAAAUUAUAGUGGC